UUGCGUGCGGAUGUUGUAACCACAUAAACACUGGGUGCUUCGUUCAAAAAUCGGAUAUACACAUUAUAUAUAUAUAAUAAUAAUACACAGAAAUACACACAACAGAUACGAGAGAAACCGAUCAGUUGAAUUAUCCGUGACAAAAAGAUGGCCGCAAAUGGAAAUUACGAUGAAUGCUAUGAUAACUCGUGGCACAUAAUACCGCCAGAUUACAUGAACAUGGAGGAAGAUUAUAGAUUCACAUCAUAUUUUGGAGUGGAUCAUGCAGACCCGAAUAACUUUAGAAACGAUGUUCAAUACGCGUUGUUGGAUAGCAUGAAGGCAAGUAGUAGCGUGCAUCAGAGGCAACCGGCCAGCUUCGCGAUCAGCGAUAUAUUAGAUUUGAAUGAAAGGACGCAGCAUGGAUUGGAAUCGCCUCCGGAACCGUUAUAUCCUCCGAACCCGCAGGAUCUCACUCCUUGUCACACGUUGCUACCGCCUCCUUCCAGCAGACAUUGGGCCCUGCCGACCGAAAUAGCCAUAUCUCAGCACAGCCAGCAGCUCAGCCCAGACAGUACUAGUCCACCAAUUUCGGAGCGAUCCAUCAACGCAGCCGAAAAUGCCGUAGGUGGUGGACACAGCGAUGAUGGGGGAAAUCAAACUGAUGGCGAAGACUUGGAAGACGAUGAUGACAGAAGUUUGGAACAGCAACAGUCCGGAUCCGGUGCCCACAAGAAACGGAAACGACGAGUGCUCUUCUCCAAAGCUCAGACCUAUGAACUGGAGAGACGCUUCCGUCAGCAGCGGUAUCUCUCCGCACCGGAACGGGAGCAUCUAGCAUCCAUCAUUCGGCUUACACCGACGCAAGUCAAGAUUUGGUUCCAGAAUCAUAGAUACAAGACGAAAAGGGCGCAGCACGAGAAGGGUAUGCACGAGCAACAGAACAGCAGUCACAUGCCGUCACCGCGGAGGGUCGCCGUUCCCGUCUUGGUACGCGAUGGUAAGCCUUGUCACGGAGGUGGUCCAAAACCUGGAGAUCACGGCGUUCAGAUGCCCGGUUCUCACAUGGUGAUGCCUUCAUACACGCAUCCUCUGAUGCACGGACAACCUCCUCGCGUCUGGUGGUAACUACAUUCCCCCAAAAACCCCAGAAACAACCAAAGCAAUCUAAAACAAUUUCUCAUCCAAAGUACUAAAAGUGAAAUUGUUUCGGACAUCUGUUGUAAAUAGAGAAGAGAAUUUAUAUAUAUAUAUAUAGAAAAAAAAAAAAGUAUAUUUAAAAUAUAUUGUAACGAGAUUUUUAUAAAGUGCAAAUGUGAUUUACAAGGAAAAGAAAAAAAAGAAAAGAAUGUUAAUUGUUAUUUAGUUUUUUAGUUUAUGUAAACUGGACCAA